AGCGCAGUCUUUGCUUUGGUUUGCUUUGCUUGUUGAAAUGGCUAUGUCUAUGUUUGUGAGACGAGCUGCAACUAGUCGAAAUGCGAUUGCCUUUCUCAGAAGAUGCUCUUCCUCCUCCUCCUUACUCGUUGGUGUUCAAUCGCAUCGUGAUUACUCGCACAAGGCCACUACCACCUUGAGAUUAGGAGGAUCCACCCCAGAUUUGGAUUUGAGCUUGCCUAGUUUUCUCAGAGAUUCUCGUCGAGGCUUCGCCAAAGGCAAAAAAUCAAAGGAUGAUUCAGGUUCGUCUGGAUUGGUGGAUGCAUCUCCAGAUAUAGGGCCUACAGUGAAAGCCACAGCCACGUCACAGAUGGAGGCUGCUAUUGAUGCCUUGGCUAGGGAUCUCACUAAACUCAGAACUGGACGAGCUGCUCCAGGAAUGCUUGAUCAUAUUGUUGUUGAAACUGGGGGACUCAAAAUGCCACUCAAUCACUUAGCUUUGGUCACUGUCCUUGAUCCUAAAACUUUGUCUAUCAAUCCUUACGAUCCUGAUACUGUAAAAGAGCUUGAGAAAGCUAUUGUUGCUUCACCCUUGGGAUUAAACCCUAAACUUGAUGGCCAGAGACUUAUAGCAUCUAUCCCUCCAUUGACCAAGGAGCAUGUUCAGGCAAUGUGCAAGAUUGUAACCAAGUCCAGUGAAGUUGUGAAGCAAAGCAUUAGAAGAGCCCGGCAAAAGGCACUGGACACAGUAAAGAAAGCAGCUUCAGGUCUACCAAAAGAUGAAGUUAAAAGGCUUGAGAAGGACGUAGAAGAGUUGACGAAGAAGUUUGUAAAGUCAGCAGAGGACAUGUGCAAGUCCAAAGAGAGAGAUAUCACCACCCAAGCCUGAUGAUCUCCUCACUUUCCACCCUUAACAUUAUCCAUCAAAUUGGCUGAACAUGUUUCAGUCUUUUUUUUUUUACAAAUCUACCUCUAUUAUAGAUGAUUAUCCAAAGAAUUCAAUAUUUGUUUUUGAAUGUUCAAUUUGGGGGGUCUUGAAUGCAAAUUUGACACAGGCUCUGAAAGGCCCUUCAAGGGCCCGUAAAAGUCCAUUUUAAUUGAAUUGUUUUUUU